CUGGCGUUGUGGCAAUGGGCUGGGGGAAGGAGUUGAGCGGAAGUGGUCCAGACCGUUUUACAGCCCAGUCUGAAGAACUGCUUGAGACUUUGUUUUGAGUGUCUCUCGGGAAGACUGUGAGAUAUUAAAUAGUCCUUCCUGAAACCAUCAAGAAGAAAAAUGUCUGUGACAUUGCAUACAGAUGUAGGUGAUAUUAAAAUAGAAGUCUUCUGUGAGAGAACACCCAAAACAUGUGAGAAUUUCUUGGCUCUUUGUGCCAGUAAUUACUACAAUGGCUGUAUAUUUCAUAGAAAUAUCAAGGGUUUCAUGGUUCAAACAGGAGAUCCAACAGGUACUGGAAGAGGAGGUAGCAGUAUCUGGGGCAAGAAGUUUGAGGAUGAAUACAGUGAAUAUCUUAAGCACAAUGUUAGAGGUGUUGUAUCUAUGGCUAAUAAUGGCCCAAACACCAAUGGAUCUCAAUUCUUCAUCACCUAUGGCAAGCAGCCACAUUUGGACAUGAAAUACACAGUAUUUGGAAAGGUAAUAGAUGGUCUGGAAACUCUAGAUGAAUUGGAGAAGUUGCCAGUAAAUGAGAAGACAUAUCGACCUCUUAAUGAUGUGCACAUUAAGGACAUAACUAUUCAUGCCAAUCCAUUUGCUCAAUAGCUAUAAUAGACCUGGACAAAUACUUGGCAAACUAUUUGCUGGAACACACCUAUUGUGGUUUGCCUAGUUUUAAUGAUGUCAGAGAUUGCAUCAUCCAUCUGUUUGUUUACAACUAAGAUCUUCUAUGAAAUGGUGGUAUCAAGAAGAGCCCAACAGCUUUUAUCCUCAUUCUUAGAGCAUGUUCUUUACACCAACUAUUACACAAUGUAUUUUUCAAAUUUUAAUAUAAAAAAUACCUUUUGUUUAA